AUGCCCCAGGAAGGAAUGAGCAUCCCCGGCUUUGAGGUGGCCACUGUCCAGGCCGGUGGGAAUCGGAAACAUCUGCCAGGGUUUCUGCGUCAGUCUCCCCGCAGCCAGAUUGCUGCCUACAUCCUGUUGGGACAGUUCCUUCUGAUGCACAAGAACGAAGCCGAGUUUCAGAAGUGGCUCAUUUGCUGCUGCGGCGCCACCGAGUACGAGGCCCAGGAGAGCUCGAACUGCCUGAAGGAGUGGUGCUCCUGCUUCCUGUAGACCGUGCUCCCGGGGCGCCCAUACAUGCCGCCUGCGCACCCAGACUGGCUCCGAGUCGUUCUUUUUGUUUUUCGCUUUAAUGAUACCCAGUCUUUUAAAAAAGCAGCUCAAGAAUAUCAAGGCCAAACACAAGAAAAACGGCCCCCAGAUUCCACCACCCAGAAACAGCUGUACUUUUCACGAAUGUCACGCCAGCCGUCUCUUAGCAUACAUUUACAUAAACGGGUGGGUUAUUUUAUUUAAAAAUGGUAAUUCACACAAACUACUGUAUGCAGAACAGAUAAGCAGCAAGGUCCUACUGGAGAGCCCAGGGAACUCUAU